AUGCAUCCCUCCUUGAAGCUGCCCCUCAGGCACCUGGCCAUGGCCUGGGCCUGGGUCUCGGGCUGGCCAGCCUCUCAGAGGCACAGAUGUUUGGGCCUUCUGCACACGGCCUCAUCCUUGCACCCUGAUAGCAGCGCCCCCGUGUUCACCCGGGCGUUGGCCUUCAGGGACAGGACAGCUGUCGUGGACCGGCAUGGCCACCACACAUACGAGGACCUGUACUGGUGGAGCCUGUGCCUGUCCCAGAAAAUCUGCAGACUCCGGGCCUGCCCUGGCCGUGACCUUGGCCAGGAGCGGAUCUCCUUCCUGUGUCCCAAUGAUGCCUCCUAUGUGGUGGCACAGUGGGCCUCCUGGAUGAGCGGGGGUAUCGCGGUCCCCCUACACAACAAACACCCCGCACCCCAGUUGGAGUACUUCAUCCGGGACUCCUGCAGUUCCGUGGUCCUGGCCAGCCCUGAGCACCUGGAGCUCAUAGGCCCUGUGGCCAGCAGACUUGGGGUCCCACUGCUGCCUCUCUCCCCUGACCUCUGCACUGGAACAGCAGAGGGCCCAAGAGAAGAAGGGCCAGCACCUGACUGGACAGAGUGGAACUGGAAGGAGCGGGGUGCCAUGAUCAUCUACACAAGCGGUACCACGGGCCCGCCCAAGGGAGUCCUCAGCACCCAUCACAACCUCAGUGCCAUGGUGACAGGCUUGGUGCAUAAGUGGGCGUGGACACCAGAGGACGUCAUUCUGCACGUGCUCCCACUGCAUCAUGUCCAUGGUGUGGUCAACAAACUGUUGUGCCCUCUCUGGGUGGGUGCCAGCUGCGUGAUGCUGCCCGAGUUCAGUGCCCAGCAGGUGUGGGAGAAGUUCUUGAGCUCUGAGAGUCCACGCAUUAAUGUCUUCAUGGCAGUGCCCACCAUCUACUCCAAGCUGGUGGACUACUACGACCAGCACUUCACACAGCCUCACGUCCAGGAGUAUGUGCGGGCCAUGUGCCAGGAGAGAGUCAGGCUCAUGGUCUCGGGCUCAGCCGCACUGCCCGUCCCAGUGCUGGAGAAGUGGAGGAACAUCACGGGCCACACGCUGCUGGAGAGGUACGGCAUGACUGAGAUUGGCAUGGCCCUGUCCAACCCCCUGACUGCGGCCCGCCUGCCAGGUUCAGUAGGAACCCCACUGCCCGGAGUAGAGGUACGCAUCGCCUCAGAGAGCCCCAAGAGGGAGGCUGGCUCCUACAUUGUGCACGCAGAAGGGAAUGAGAAGGGGACCAAGGUGAGCCCAGGCUUCGAGGAGAAGGAAGGUGAGCUCCUGGUCCGCGGCCCCUCCGUGUUUCGAGAGUACUGGGGCAAGCCAGAAGAGACAAAGGCUGCCUUCACUCCUGAUGGCUGGUUUAAAACAGGUGACACAGUCGUAUUCAAGGACGGCAGGUACUGGGUCCGAGGACGGACGUCAGUGGACAUCAUCAAGAGUGGCGGCUACAAACUUAGCGCUCUGGAGAUAGAGCGGCACCUGCUGGCCCACCCCAGCAUAACAGAUGUGGCUGUGAUAGGCGUUCCCGACAUGACGUGGGGCCAGCGGGUCACUGCUGUGGUGACCCUCCACGACGGACACUCCCUGUCCCAGCAGGAACUUCGGGAGUGGGCGAGGGGGAUGCUGGCCCCGUAUGCUUUGCCCUCGGAGCUGCUGCUGGUGGAAGAGAUCCCCAGGAACCCCAUGGGGAAGGUCAACAAGAAGGAGCUGCUGCGUCAGUUCUACCCACAAGAGACCACCAGGCAGGGCAAGUAG